UUGAGCCUAUAUUUCUACAUUUUCUUAACCCACAGCUAUAAUCCUCAAGAAUACAUAGAAAAGAGCCCAGAGUUGCGUCAGUGCUUGGAACAAGUUCGAGACGGCUACUUCUCACCCGAGAAUCCAAACCUAUUUCAGGACAUUUACAACUCUCUUGUAUUCGGCGGUGAUCGUUUCCUACUAUGUGCCGACUACGAAGACUAUAUUAAGACUCAGGAUCGUGUAGGAGCUUGCUACAUGAAUGAAGAUCUUUGGGCGCGAAUGAUGCUUUUUAACAUCGCAUCUUCGGGCAAAUUCUCAUCAGAUCGUACUAUCCGCCAAUAUGCUCGUGAGAUUUGGGGUGUCGAGCCCUCUGAGGUGAAGCUUCCGCCACCAUCAGAGCCCGUUAACGAGUAG